AUGCACAUUUUACAGCACACAAACAAUCCAAUAGAAAUCAAAACAGUUACAGACAAUCCAAUAGAAAUCAAAACAGUUACAGAUAAACCAAUAGAAAUCAAAACGGUUACAGACAAUCCAAUAGAAAUCAAAACAGUUACAGACAAUCCAAUAGAAAUCAAAACAGUUACACACAAAUCAAUAGAAAUCAAAACAGUUACAGUCAAUCCAAUAGAAAUCAAAACAGUUACAGAAAAUACAAUAGAAAUCAAAACAGUUACAGACAAUCCAAUAGAAAUCAAAACAGUUACAGACAAUCCAAUAGAAAUCAAAACAGUUACAGACAAUCCAAUAGAAAUCAAAACGGUUACAGACAAUCCAAUUAAAAUCAAAACAGUUACAGAUAAAUCAAUAGAAAUCAAAACGGUUACAGACAAUCCAAUAGAAAUCAAAACAGUUACAGACAAUCCAAUAGAAAUCAAAACAGUUACAGACAAAUCAAUAGAAAUCAAAACAGUUACAGACAAUCCAAAAGAAAUCAAAACAGUUACAGAAAAUCCAAUAGAAAUCAAAACAGUUACAGACAAUCCAAUAGAAAUCAAAACGGUUACAGACAAUCCUAUAGAAAUCAAAACGGUUACAGACAAUCAAAUAAAAAUCAAAACAGUUACAGACAAUCCAAUAGAAAUCAAAACAGUUACAGACAAACCAAUAGAAAUCAAAACAGUUACAGAAAAUACAAAAGAAAUCAAAACAGUUACAGACAAAUCAAUUAAUAGAAAUCAAAACGACAAUCCAAUAGAAAUCAAAACAGUUACAGACAAUCCAAUAGAAAUCAAAACAGUUACACACAAAUCAAUAGAAAUCAAAACAGUUACAGACAAACCAAUAAAAAUCAAAACAGUUACAGACAAUCCAAUAGAAAUCAAAACAGUUACAGACAAUCCAAUAGAAAUCAAAACGGUUACAGACAAUCCAAUAGAAAUCAAAACAGUUACAGACAAUCCAAUAGAAAUCAAAACAGUUACAGACAAUCCAAUAGAAAUCAAAACGGUUACAGACAAUCCAAUAGAAAUCAAAACAGUUACAGACAAUCCAAUAGAAAUCAAAACAGUUACAGACAAAUCAAUAGAAAUCAAAACAGUUACAGACAAUCCAAUAGAAAUCAAAACAGUUACAGAAAAUCCAAUAGAAAUCAAAACAGUUACAGACAAUCCAAUAGAAAUCAAAACGGUUGCAGACAAUCCAAUAAAAAUCAAAAGAGUAACAGACAAUCCAAUAGAAAUCAAAACAGUUACAGAAAAACCAAUUAAUAGAAAUCAAAACAGUUACAGACAAUCCAAUAGAAAUCAAAACAGUAACAGACAAUCCAAUAGAAAUCAAAACAGUUACAGACACUGUAAUAGAGUUCAAAAUAAUUUCAGACAACAAAUAGACCAAUAG